CUAUUUUCCAAUAAAUACAACCACUAAUUGAUCCUCGAUUAAUAUUUAAAAUACAUAAUGCAACUAUAGAGUUUGUUUCAAUUCAAAAACAAAUUUAUGAUCAUUGCAUGCCACACAAAAAUGAGAAAUAAUGAUUGCUUACAGAACUAUAUCCUCUGACUCAAAAUUUCGAGAGCAUUUCCGCUGUGCUGUUCGGUCAAUGUCUGCAAAAUUGAGCCAUCAGUCGUAGUUUUCAAAAUAAUACCUGUUUUCAGUCGAUGUUCCGCAAGACAACUUCAGAUUGAGCAUUCAAUGGUGAAAUUGGAUCUCCGUCUGCGUAAAGCACUAGGAUUUACCCGUAGGCACUAUGUCUGUACUCCCUUUUACACCUCCGAUUGUAAAGAGACUUUUGGGUUGGAAAAAAGGAGAUUUGGACAAGGAAGAUAGGUGGUCUGAAAAAGCUGUCAAAAGUUUGGUGAAGAAGCUAAAAAAGACAGGAGGUUUAGACGAACUAGAGAAAUCUAUAACCACACAAGACUCUAACACUAAGUGUAUUACUAUUCCAAGUGCUGAAAAUUACAGGUCCCUAGACGGGCGACUGCAGGUACAACAUAGGAAAGGUCUACCACACGUUAUAUACAGUCGAUUGUGGCGGUGGCCUGACUUACAAAGCCAUCACGAGCUGCGAGCAACUGAGAAGUGCAAAUUUUCCUUCAAUCUUAAACUUGACGAAGUGUGUGUGAAUCCUUACCAUUAUACAAGAGUAGAAGCUCCAGUUCUGCCACCAGUCCUGGUGCCAAGACAUACCGGUGAAAUUCCAGCUGAGCCUCCCACCAUAGACGAUUACAAGAACACUGUGCCUGAGAACACUGACCUACCUAGUGGCCCUGGGAACUUCAAUCUUGGAAACGAUAUAGACCCUCCUCCUGGAUACAUGAGCGAGGACGGUGAGAAUGAGAAUGGAAGUGAAGCAGGAAUGGAUGCAAUGGACAUGCCAGCUAGUCCCCCAGCAGAUGCCCAGCCUGUCACAUACACAGAGCCCACAUUCUGGUGCUCAAUAUCCUACUAUGAACUGAACCAACGGGUCGGGGAAACAUUUCACGCCUCACAGCCCUCACUGACAGUGGAUGGCUUCACCGACCCAUCCAACUCUGAGCGCUUUUGUCUUGGCCUCCUUUCUAAUAUAAACAGGACACAACCUGUAGAAAUGACAAGAAGACACAUUGGUAAAGGUGUAAGACUGUAUUACAUCGGUGGAGAGGUGUUUGCUGAGUGUUUGAGUGAAAGUGCAGUAUUUGUUCAGAGUCCAAAUUGCAAUCAGAGGUAUGGCUGGCAUCCUGCUACUGUUUGCAAAAUACCACCAGGGUGCAAUUUGAAAAUCUUCAAUAAUCAAGAAUUUGCCACAUUGUUAGCGCAGUCGGUUAAUCAAGGAUUUGAAGCAGUCUACCAGUUAACUAGAAUGUGUACCAUAAGGAUGAGCUUUGUUAAAGGAUGGGGAGCAGAAUAUAGGCGACAGACUGUAACAAGUACGCCAUGCUGGGUGGAAAUCCAUCUAAAUGGACCUUUACAAUGGCUGGACAAAGUCCUCUCUCAGAUGGGUUCUCCUAGAGGCCCAUGUUCCAGCAUGUCUUAAACAAUCUCUAAACACUGUUGAUACCAACUAUAAGGAAUGUUCUCCAUGUGAGGAGGACAGUUCUGAAAUCCCUUAAGUGGCUCCUCUAAUUUAACAGCAUACUGAGAUACAGUGAUCCGAGGUACAUUGCAAAUGACCAGGAGGAAUGAUGCUGUUAAAAAGCAUCUCAUGUAAUUAUUAUAUUAUAUGAUAUGCGGCAGAGAUGUUCGACUUGGAGGUAGCUGCUGGAGAAUGAAUCUGUUCUCUGCAAGUGAUUCUAUUGAAGAAUCAGAGUCAAAUAUAUAUAGGAAUACAUACAUUCAGGAGUGUGGUACUACAUGAGUCCUGAAGUCCGGAGCCAGGUAGUUUUGAUCUGACCUUGUUAAUUAUUUCAUCUAUUAAGAAUAUUGGUCAGAAAUUCAUUUUCGACUAGUAUGUGUGAAUUUCUUAUGGCACACCCUGAAUAUGAGUGGACAGAUGUGACAUAGAAAAAGAAAUUAUGAAUCUAAAUUCAAAGAAGAAAUGCAGUACAGCACAACACACGCAGGAGAAGAAAAUUCUAAUUACUCCUAAAUGCUAGCGUAGGCCAGACUGAAGAAACUUAUGUAAUUCAAAUCUCAUCAAUUAUUGAAGGCAAGCGAAUUCAUUUCUCAUGAUUUUUGAGUGUGUAUGCUGUUAUAUAACUGUAAUGGACCUCAGGCCUGUAGCCAGGAUUUCUCAAGUGGGGUUCUCUUUUUGUUAAAUUUAUACGCAGAUUUGCACCACGCGCAAUACCUAAUUCAGUAAUUGACUUAAUUAUCAUAGUAUAUACAAUACAUUUCCUUCAGAUAAUGAUUGGAUCUUAAAGAUAUGCCUAUCUUCGUGGUCAGAAUAGCGUUAUAAUCCAAGAGAUAACUGUCUAAAAUUGUUUGCAAUAACCUAUUUGUCUUGCAAAUUCUUCUGCAAGAUUAACUUUUAAUGUCAAUUAAGUUAGCAUUUGUUUCUGUCACUAGUUUGUCAAUAAAUAAUAAGCCAAGA